AUGUCUAACCGAGAGGACUACACAGUGGGGUGGAUCUGUGCUAUUGUCAAAGAAUAUGUCGCGGCACAAGUCUUUCUCGAUGAGAGAUAUUCCGGCCCCGACUCUGUGGCUUGCAAUGACACUAAUACCUACACACUGGGAAGAAUGGGGAGGCAUAAGGUUGUGAUAGCUGUGCUUCCCGACGGAGAGUAUGGCAUAUCUGCUGCAACAGGGGUCGCGAAGGAUAUGCUGCACAGCUUUCCUAACGUCAGAAUCGGCCUUAUGGUUGGAAUCGGCGGUGGAGCACCCAGCCGAAAGCAUGAUAUCCGGCUGGGCGACAUUGUCGUCAGUGCUUCUCAUGGCAGUAGCGGCGGUGUAUUCCAGUACGACUUCGGCAAGACGAUUCAAGACCAGAAAUUCUGCACUACUGGGUUCUUGAACCAGCCUCCGACCCUCCUGCGUUGCGCCGUGGCCGACAUCAGGGCCAAAUUUGAGAUAGAAGGCCACCAGAUUGAAGCUGCCAUUGAGGCUAUUCUCGAAAAUAAGCCAACGCUUCGCAAAAAUGAAGUUGUUCAUCCUGUAGCUGAUGACGAGGCCUGUGUCACGACUUGUGGUGAUGGUCCGCCGACUCUGAUAGCACGGCCUAAGAGAACCGACGAGGAUGAAAACCCAACAAUCCACUACGGUCUGAUUGCUUCAGCAAACCAGCUAAUGAAGGAUGCUCUCUUUCGGGACCAACUUGCCAAAGAGAAGGAUGUAUUAUGUUUCGAAAUGGAAGCGGCUGGGUUGAUGAACCAAUUCCCUUGUCUAGUAAUCCGCGGUAUAUGCGACUAUUCAGAUACCCAUAAGAACAAGGAGUGGCAAGGUUAUGCAGCAAUGACGGCUGCCGCAUACGCCAAGGACCUCCUUUGUUGCAUCCCCCCGACUAAGGUCGAGGCCGAGAAAAAGAUCAAGGACAUUCUUUCUGAUAUCGGGACGAGUAUCAGAAACAUCGACUCAAAGUUGAGCAGAAAGGAAGAUCUUGAAAUACUCAAAUGGCUUAGCUCAACUGAUUACGACGCGGAGCAGAACGACCAUUUCAGACAAAGACAGGAAAAUACCGGCCAAUGGUUUAUCAACUCCUCAGAGUUUCGAAAUUGGAUCGAGGCCAUUGGGCAAACAUUGUUUUGUCCAGGGAUUCCAGGAGCAGGAAAGACAAUAAUGGUGUCAGCAGUGAUUGACCACCUGAAAACUCGCUUCUCGGAAGAUGAGUCUGCUGGUAUCAGCUUUAUUUAUUUUAAUUUCAGGCGUCAAGGCCAGAAGGUGCAGGAUCUCUUCAGCAGUUUGCUAAUGCAACUUAGCCGAGGCCGGCCAGCUCUACCGGAUUCCCUCCAAACACUCUACAGGAAACAUCAGACAAAGUGCACGCGGCCUCGUAUUGAUGAAAUACUGGAAACUUUUCAAUCUAUAAUAUCGACGUAUGCAAAAGUAUUUAUCGUUGUCGACGCACUCGAUGAAUACCAGUCUUCUGAUGGUUAUCUGGAUACUUUUUUAACCAACAUAUUCAAGAUCCAGGAUAAGACUCAGUUAAACAUCUUGGCGACAUCGAGACAUGUUGCGGAAAUUGCAGCGAGAUUUCAUGGGGGCAGUUUGCUAGAAAUACGAGCUGUAAACCAAGAUGUGCGAACGUAUCUGGCUGGCCAUAUGGACAGAUUGCCAAAUUUCGUCCGGCGUGAUGCCGAUUUACAAAAUCGAAUAAGGUCCACAAUAGCUCAGGCUGUCAACGGAAUGUUUCUUCUUGCUUCGUUACAUAUAGAUACCCUCACUAGAGAGCCUACAGUCGGUCAUCUCGAACUGGCAUUGCAUGCUUUGCCCAAGGGACUGGAUGAGACAUAUGAGCAGGCUUUGGUGCGCAUUGAAAGGCAAGGUGGGGGACUUCAACAAUUAGCAAAGGCGGUCUUGUCUUGGCUUGUGUUUGCACACAGACAGCUUUCCCCAGCUGAGCUCCAAUGUGCCCUUGCGAUCAAGCCUGGAAGUUCGAAGCUGGAUAGAAAGUUUGUCCCUGAUGUUGAAACAAUAGGAUCUAUCUGCGCAGGUCUGGUUACGCUAGACACUGAAAGCAACGUCAUCCGGUUGGUCCAUAUGACAGCGCAGGCGUUUUUCGAGCGCACCCACGACCGAUGGUUACCGAAUGCGGAAAACGAUGUCACAAGAGCCUGCAUCACCUACCUUUUUUUUGAUGAAUUUAAGAAGGGUCCCUGCCUAUCGAAUGAUGAGUAUGAUGAGCGUCUGAAAUCGAACCUACUCUACCCCUACGCAAUAGAACAUUGCAUUUAUUCCAGCCAAGAUUCCACAGAUUUCCAUGAAGAAACAAUUAUGUUCCUACAAUCCAAGGCAAGUUUAGAAGCUGCAAUUCAAACUCAUAUGGUUGGGGACAUUAUCCCUUUUAGCUCUUUCAAGAGGGCGUAUAGAAAUUACAGCCAAAAAUUUCCAAAGGGAGUGAGCAUGCUUCAUGUGGCAGCCCAUUGUGGAAUAAAGAAGGCAGUCGAAACCCUUAUUUUAAGCGGGGCUGAGCCCUCUGCCAAGGAUGACUCAAAUCGAACUCCGCUCCUUUAUGCCGCCACAAGAGGCUAUGAGACUGUAGUAAAGCAGCUUCUCGAUGCCGACCCGACUGGUGUUGAUUUAAUGAGUAUCCACGGCCGAACACCGAUUUCACAUGCUGCUCAACUUGGCCGUGCUGGUGUAGUUAGGCUACUACUUGAUACUGGCAAGGCCAAAGCUGACUUGGGAGAUAAAAUUGGUCGAACACCUCUUUCAUAUGCUGCAAAGGAAGGUAAUGGGGAUGUAGUCAAGCUAUUACUCGAAACCGGUGAUGUUAAUCCCGACUCAGAAGAUGAGAAAGGCCGAUCACCACUAUCAUAUGCGGCACGGUAUGGCCAUGGGGAUAUAGUCAAGCUAUUACUUGAAACCGGUGAUGUUGAUCCCGACUCAAAAGAUGAAAAUGGACGGUCACCGCUAUCAUAUGCGGCAUGGUUUGGCCAUGGGAAGUUUGGCCAUGCGAAUAUAGUCAAGCUACUGCUCGAAACUGAUGAUGUUAAUCCCGACUCAAAAGAUAAGCAUGGGCGGUCACCACUAUCAUACGCUGCCGAGGAAGGUAGCGAGGCUACAAUUAAGCUGCUACUUGAUGUGAGUUCAACUGACGUCAACUCAAGGAACAUUGAUGAUAUGAGAACACUUUCAUAUGCUGCCAAACACGGCCAUGAAAGUAUUGUUAGGACACUAUUUGAUCGAUGGAAUCGCGAUGCUCGGGCAGCUACUGACUGGCCGGCGGAAUGGUUCCACAGUCGCAUCUUGCGUCCCAACAUAGUAGACAUACUGCUCGAAAAUGGAAAGUUGGAUAUUGUCUCAGAGAAUGGCCGAUCUCCGCUCUUCUGGGCAGCCAGAGCCGGCGCCAAGACGAUAGUUGAACGGCUUCUCAAUUCAGGAAAGGUUAAUAUUAACUCGAAGGACAUAUUCUUUGGCCGCACACUGUUGUCAUGGGCUAUUGAGGGAGGAGAAGAAGAAAUUAUUAAAUUGCUCCUCGAUGUACCGAACAUUGACGUCAACCUGCAGGGCAGUGACGGUGAAUCGCCACUGAUUACAGCUGUUUUCCUGGGGAGAGAGGCUAUAACGAAGAUUUUGCUUAACAUAGAGAGCGUUGAAGUUGAUUUGAAAGAAUCGACAAGUUCCAUGACGGCAUUUGGAUACGCGGCUAUGACUGGGAAUGAGGCCAUUAUGAGGCUGCUUCUCGAUACGGGAAUGGUCGACAUUAACACGAAAGUAUAUUCAGGUCUCACCCCAUUGCAUUUUGCUGCCAUUGGAGAUCAAGAGGCUUCAGUGAGGUUGCUACUUGAUACAGGAAAGGCCGAUGUUGAGUCAAGGGAUUGUGAUGGUCUGACGCCACUCGCAUUGGCUGCUCAGGAAGGGCGCGAGGGCCCAGUCAAGUUGCUCCUUGAUAGAGGAAAGGCUUAUGUUAACUCAAGAGGCGAGAAUGACAAAACGCCAAUCAUAGCUGCUGCUGAACGGCGGCAUGAGGGUGUGGUGAAGCUGCUGCUUGACACAGACGGGUUAGAUAUUGACGUGAAGGAUUCUUCUGGGCUAACUGCGCUCGACUACGCCACAAAGAACUGGCAUGAGCCCGUGAGGAAGUUACUACAAGCUCGACUGGGGAGCCAGGACUCAUGUUGA